AUGAAGUACUCCACCGUUGCCGUUCUCUCCGUCGUCGCUCUGGCAGCGGCUUCGCCUGUCAAGCCUGGUCCCAAUACCGAGCUUGGUGGCUCCCUCAGCGAUGUCGAACUUGCCACCCGCGAUCUUGGACGCAGAGGCGACGAUUCCGAUGACGAUGAUGACGGGGAUAACAUCAUAGUCAUUCUCGGCCUGGACGACGACGAUGACGAAGAGCAGAAGCAGGAGGACGCCCUCAAGAUUGCCCAGCUCGAGCUCAUCAAGGCCGCCAAGCUCGACGCCGCGGCCAUCGACACGGCCAAGAAGGCGCAGGAGUUCGCCGACGCCGCGCAGGACGCCAAGGUCAAGGCGAUCCAGGCGCAGGUGUACGCUCAAGGUGGCGACGCCCUGCAGGCCGGCAAAGACAUGGAGCAGCAGAUCACCGACGCCCAGCAGGCGGCCCAGCAGGCGGCUGCAGCUGCGGCGGCCGGUCAGGAGCAGCAGGCCGAUCAGGGCCAGGACCAGCAGGACCAGCAGGCUGCUGAGGAGCAGGCUGCCGCUGAGGAGCAGGCUGCCGCUGAUCAGGCCGCAGCCGAGCAGGAACAGGCCGGUGCUGCUGCUGCUGCUGCGACUCCGGCUGCGACUCCAGCCGCCGACGCGGCUGCGGCUCAGGGCACCGGCGAUGCGGUGGCGGCUGAGGCUGCGCAGAACGGGACGGCUGGGGUCUCCGAGACGCAGAAGCGUGCUUCUGUCCGUCGCUCUUUCCGCGUCUGGCAGUAG